AGUGACUCUUCUCACACUAGCAUCUCCCUAGCCUGUAGCCACGUUAGCCUUGUCAUUAAGUUAACCUAUAGUGGACUCGCUUUCUGCCUGCUGGACGCUCAAACAGUGGAGAUCUCUACGAUACAUAGAAGGCCUGAUAAUUGAAAGAAAAACAAAACAUUUUCGAGGAGAAGAUAGCAGUGGAGAUGUGUAAUAAGCUGCACUGGACACCAAGGACCUACCUGACUGCCAGUCUGUCGACUGACAGCUGUCACUUUGCUGCUUAGCUUGCUAGCUAGCUGUGUAAGCUAACUGCUAACAGGAGAUUUUUAAGCUUACUGCCUGGCUAACUUAGUCAGCCAAUGUUGUCUCGGUUUAGAGAGGAAAACGGCGACUUCUUGGUGGCAUUUGACUCCGGCUGUUCAAAUUAUGAGUUAGUCAAGAAGCGCCUGGAUUUAGUAUUUGUGAUAUUUUGAUGUCCAACUAGUUUAGCUUGCUUUGAGCUUAAAGCUACCCUACUGCUUGUAUUCGUUUUUUAUAUACAUAUGUAAUAAUUAUUGCUGAAGCAACAACACAGUACCUCAGUGAUAGGGAGACUAAACUGUAACUAACUACAAUCGUUUCGGCGCUAACAGAAUUUGGACUUAGCCCUACUUUAAACAACAUCGGGGGAAAUGAAGAAAUUUUUUGAUUCUCGUCGCGAGUUUGCGGGCUCUGGGCCUGGUUCUGGUGCCGGUGGAGGAGUCGCCGGUUCCGGCGGGGGUGGCAGCUUUAUCGGACGGGUCUUCAGCAUUGGACGAUAUCAAGUGACCGUCGAGGAAAUUGUCGCAGAAGGGGGUUUUGCUAUAGUUUUUCUGGUGAGGACUCAUCAAGGCCAACGUUGUGCACUGAAAAGAAUGUACGUCAACAAUGAACACGAUCUGCACAUCUGCGAACUUGAGAUACAGAUUAUGAGAGACCUAGUGGGCAACAAAAACAUAGUUGGUUUCCUGGACUCUAGCAUAACUGCAGUUGGAAAUGGAGAUGUGUGGGAAGUCUUAAUCUUAAUGGACUUCUGUCGAGGUGGCCAGGUUGUAAACUUAAUGAAUCAACGGUUACAAACCGGCUUCACUGAAGCUGAGGUCUUACAGAUCUUUUGUGACACAUGUGAAGCUGUCAGUCGCCUCCAUCAGUGCAAGACUCCCAUCAUCCAUCGAGAUCUUAAGGUGGAAAAUAUUCUUCUGCACGAUCGAGGACACUACGUGCUCUGUGACUUUGGAAGUGCCACAAACCACUUCCAAAACCCUCAGACAGAAGGGGUUGCAGUUGUGGAGGAGGAGAUCAAAAAAUACACCACCCUGUCGUACCGAGCUCCAGAGAUGGUCAACCUGUAUGGUGGAAAAAUCAUCACAACAAAGGCAGAUAUUUGGGCCUUAGGUUGUCUACUCUAUAAGCUGUGCUUCUUCACACUUCCUUUCGGUGAGAGCCAAGUGGCUAUAUGUGAUGGCAGUUUUACCAUCCCAGAUAAUUCCCGCUACUCCCAGGAAAUGCACUGUCUGCUUAGAUACAUGCUGGAACCUGACCCAGAUAAGAGACCAGACAUCUACCAAGUAUCCUAUUUUGCCUUUAAACUGGCUCGAAAAGAGUGUCCAGUCCCAAAUGUACAUAAUUCACCCAUUCCUACAAAACUUCCUGAGCCUAUCAGAGCCAGUGAAGCAGUAGCCAAAAAGAGUCAAAUCAAAGCCAGACUCACAGACCCAGUACCUACUACCGAAACCUCAAUUGCACCUCGACAGCGGCCUAAAGCUGGCCAGCCGCAGCCACAGCCUAUAUCAGGCAUUCUUCCCAUCCAACCAGCUCUUACCCCACGCAAGAGGCCCAGUGUGGCCACUGGAGCACCACUGGCCUUAGGUGUUGGUAUCGGGGUCCCACCUACAGCUGCUGUCCAACCUGCUCAGCAAGUUCCUUCUGCCACUCCACAGCCAGCACAGUCGGUCAACAUCCAACCACAGCAUACACCUCAGCAUCAGCAGCUCUUUAAGCAGCAGCAAGUGUCACCCUUCUUAAGCCCACAGAGUGGCCAACAGCAUCAACAACAGAACCUCCACCAACAAACACCUUCUCAAGACUCUACUCUGCUGCAGUCCCAAGCUAAACCAGUUCAUCCAGUUGCUACCCUGCAACAUCAGCAGCAUGCACUCCAUGAAACAGCAUCAUCCCAUCUCACACCCAUCCCUGAGUCCACAGUCAUUGGUCCGACAGCUGACACAGAGACUGCAGGCAGAGUGAUUCACAAAGCUGGCUCCUUGACACCCCCCUCGUCACCAAAGAUGGCUCCAAAGAGUGGCCACAGACGAAUCCUGAGCGACGUCACCCACAGUGCUGUGUUCGGGGUUCCAGUCAGCAAGUCCACCCAGCUACUACAGGCAGCCGCAGCUGAGGCCAGCCUCAACAAGUCCAAAUCAGCAAGCACCACUCCUUCUGGCUCCCCCUGCUCAUCCCAGCAGAGUGUGUAUCAUCCAGGUGGUGCUGACACCUCAUCUGGAUUUACUGCAUCCAACACUCAGCCCAGCUGGAAUCCCUUUGGAGAUGAUAACUUCUCUAAACUGACGGCAGAAGAGCUACUCAACAAAGACUUUGCAAAGCUAGCUGAGACUGAUGCAGUAGGAGAAAAAGUCACAGGAUCCAGUGAAAGUCUGAUUCCAGAGCUCAGUGCUUUUCCAGCAAAAGCAGAAGUGUGUGUGGAUUCACUGAUUCCUGGACUGGAAGCUCUGCAGGCCCAGCAACAUUCAGGCCAGCCAGAGCUCAUCCAUGCCAUCAUUCCAGACUCUCUCACUGGGGAGGACUCUCUGCUGGGUUGCGAUCUGCUUUGUCACACUUCUCAUGGAAACCAGUCUGUUUCUGCUCUCUCCUCCUCUUCUUCCUACGCCUCUGCUCUCCCUGGCUGUGGCUCUGGAUCCUGUCUGGAGGAGCUGCCACCUGUUCAAGCUUCUUCUGACUCUGCUUUCCUCAUGUCCUGUGGGGAGAAGGGCAAUGAUGACGAGUUUGAUCCUAUUCCUGUACUCAUCUCCAAAAACUCAAAUCAAGAUCUGCAAGGGGAGAGUAAUGGCUACUCUGUGCUUGAGGAGGGACAAGAGACUGAAGCAGUUGAGGAAAAGUCUCUGAACAAUGAGGGCUAUGAGCACUCCAGUGAUGAAGAUGAGAACAAAGGAGUCCAUAAGGAUGAGCAGCAGGAGGUGGGAGCAGAUGAGAGCAAUGUAGCAGCCCAUGACUGCAGCGGCUCUAGACCUCUGCUGUUGGACUCUGAGGAUGAAGAAGACCAUGGAUCUCAGUUAGCCCUCCACCCCAACACAGUACCUAUACAACCGCCUGCCACCUUCCAUCAGCCUACACCAAGCACCUUUGCUCAGAAUAAUUCUUCAUAUCCACCCGAGUCAGCUAAGGGAGAAGACGUCACUCCAGAUGUUUUCUCUAAAGCCCCCUUUCCGAUUGCGCAGGAGGACUCAGCUGAUGUGUUUGCUAAUGCUCCAUUUCCCCGUGCCCCCCUCGUAGCUCAGCCACAGUUCGACGUGUUCUCACAGGCUCCCUUUGGAAAAAAGAAGGAGUCCACUGCAGCUCAUCCAAAGACUUCGUACACUCAAGCAGCAGGAGCUCAGGCUCUAACCUCUGAUCAAGCAGUCCUGGGACAAGUUGCCCAGCAACCAUUCCGCCCUCAAGCUUUGGCCAAAUAUUCCCGACACUUUGAGGGACCAGUGCCCCAGCAGCCUGAAGCAGCUCAUAGCGUAGCGUCCAAUGUAAGUAGGCAAGCUGGUGGGGCAUCAGUCCCUGUUGGACCUCUUCACUCAUGGUCCUCAGACAUGAAUGCUGUAGAUCCCUUUGUCUCUGCACCCUUUCACUUAAAGGCCCCACAGGACAAGCCUUGAACACCCACUCCGAAGACAAGGUAGUGGGAAUCAACACCACUUAAUUAUGCAAACUGCAACAGGCGCACUGCAUGCUGUCACCAGCGCUGCAGCUGGACUGCAGACCUGCAUGGAUCUCAUUCUUAACUCGUUCAAAUUAGAUCUGAUAGUCCUAGGUCAUAAUUUCUACUCCACUUGUUUUACUUUAGUUUCUAAACAUUUAGAUGCUCUUAAUACUUAUAGUAUACAUGCACACCAAGACAGUGUGGUGGUCAAGCAAAUGAUUGUUUUCUGCCUACCUCAGCUUCUCUUUGUGAGGGAGUUCAUACAGCAGGUUAGCAGAAGCUUUAGUAGAAACUCCUCUUCAUAUAAGCUUAACUGUGAAACUGUAAUCUGGCGACACCUCAUUCCUCCACUGUGACAGUUUGCAGAAAGGACCUAAUCUCGUUGAAGCUUGAAUCAUAGAAAGACUGAAAAAACACCGUUGGGGAGUGAAAUGGUCUGGUUAUUUGGAUUUUGCUAAAUAAAAAAAAAAAUGUUUAAAGCACAUAAUUCGCUAGUUUUGGGUCGUGUGGUCAUUUUGUUUGACAGAUUGUUAUGAAGCAGAUGCUGGAUAACAUUUGUAGACAUUUCAAGGAUAAGAAUUUUGACAUGAAAUUUAAAUUUUGUUUCCAUCUAAAAUGUUUGUUUCAUGUAUAUCAUGAUUGUGGUCAGUGUCCUCAAAUGAAAAUGGAAUCUCCGUUUGUUCCAAGUAAUGUACUAAUACAUAUGUAUAUAUAUAUAUGUAUAUAUAUGUAUAUGUAUGUAUAUAUAUAUAUAUAUAUAUAUAUAUAUAUGAAAAAAUAUUUUGCCUUUUGUGCCCUCCUGACAGAACUGCUGCAUUUACAUAAUUUAAUUGCACUUGCAUUUGACACUAAAUAUGUUUGCUAUCUGCAGUGCACACUUGCCACCAUACUGCAUCUCUGUUGCAAACGUCUCUGUGAAUUCCAACUGUGCACAAACUGUGAGAAUAGCUGAAGUGGAGAUAUACUGAAUUGUAUGUCUACAGUACUUACAAUUAGCAGUUCCAGUCAGGGAUUCUAAUAGUCGCUUCAUAGGAGAUCAUGAAUGAUGUCUGAUGAAUGACAUAUCUUUUGAAUUUAUUUCCAUUUGCCAUUUUAUUCUUUGUACUUUGUUAAAUCAUGGAACACUAAUCGGUUCCCACCAUGGCACUUUUAGGAAGGGAGAUGCAAUCUGUUUCAACCCAAAGUUUAAACUUUGUAUUUCUCUGCUGCAAUGGUAGAACUUGUGUUUUCCUUUCUUGGGAAAGUGUACAAUCUUUUAAAAUAUGUCCUCUUUUCUCACCCAGUCUGCAAACAUGAAGAUUGCACAUAGACUGACACAGAGUCAAGGUUCUCCUAAAUAUUUGUGUUUUGUCAGCUGUAAAAUGUAUUUUGAGCGCUGUUGUGCAGGAAAUGUUCAGAGGAACAGCAGUAGAUGACAAUGUUGGACAAGAAAGCACUCAAAAUACUUGUUCUGCUGCACAGCCUGUCCUUCACACAUGUAAUAAUAAUAAUAAUAAAAAAAAAACUAUUAAAUCAAUGUAAAUCAAGUUCUGCAAAGAGGUUUCGUUUUCUUGUUCACUGCAUGUCAAUGGUGAAUCUUUGUAUGUACUUAGGUACUGAAGUAAUAAUAACCAGCCUUGCCUGGAUCAACUACAACAGUUGAGUACUGUGUAAAUGUUAAUGCACUCAAUAUUAAUGGUGUCUGUGACACACUACUAUAUACCAUGUUGCUGUGUAAUAAAACUUUAAUAUUUUGCAUUUUA